AUGAGCGACAUUCUCAGCGAGAAGGUGUCCUCCUCCGCAAGCAGCGAUGCUACCACACUUUCGCAGCGAUUCCAAGACCAGUUGGAAGCCAUCCUGAAGAAGCUGCGGAGCGAUCCAAGCACCAUCACAGCUGAGGAAGCUCGUAUUCUAUCUGAGAACGUCGCUAUACGUGACGACAGAGCGGUCCGCAUUAUCUCUGCCGUCGAAUCCCUAGCUAUUGCUAACAAGGACCUGCAUAUCGCUGUAGAUGGCAGCCCUUACGAGGCAACCACCGAGGUCCUUCGUGUUGCGCAGAGCAUCGUUAGCAAACUGCAAAAGGCCGUUGGCCAUACCAAUGCUCCUCACCCCGAAGUCGAAGCUGAGCUACAAGAGGAAAUCGCUAAGAUCGAACCCAAGAUUGCGCAAGGCACUGUCACCAAGGCUGAAGCCGAUCAUCUCCAUUCUCUCGAGGCCCGCGCCCACGGUCAUACUGAGAAGGGCGGCAUCGCCGCUGUCGCCCAGUCUGUUGCGGCCAGACGUGAGCGUCAACUAUCAAUGAGCAGCAGCACUGGAUCUAUCUUGAGUCCUAUCAACGGAAGAUCUCGUGCCAACAGUAGGAACUUCACAUCACCUCAGCAACGGUCUCGUCAAGAGAGGGAAGAUGACUCCCGCAACGCGGAAAUGACUAUGAGGUCUAAGAUCAAGGCAGACACUGUUGCCGCAUUGGGGAUCGAUAAACCACAGUCUCUCGACGCUCGUGCUUACCGCGGCACUGAGGAACAUGUAUACUUGGGGCUCUGUGAAUCGCACGCCAACAAUGAAAAUGCUCAUGCCAGCGAUGAACGUCACCGCGCCAGCAGCGAAAGCAUCUACUCCCAUGACACACUGUUUAGCUGCAAACAUCACGGGGAUCUAUACGACGGUAAUUCCGCUAUCUGGCCCAAGGGAGAGAACGUCUUCUCUACUCAACCAGACCCCAAAACGAUCCAGUCGCAAGAGAUGCAUACCCCCGGUAACACCGAGAAGAGUGGUCUCAGCCCUACUGCACAGGCCUUCGUCUCCCGUAGACGUCAAGAGUCCCUCAGCGAUGUUUCCAACUCCUCCGCGACUAAGCACCGCAAAGAGCAGUCACAGCCCGAAAAGGACCUUGACAGAGUUGAUGAGGAACUUGGAGACAACGAGUAUGACAUCUACGUGAAGAGCCUUGUGCAGGACGGCCAUGGUCGAGUAGACGAGAACGGAAGGUUUCUGGCUGAGCCAAGCUACGACGCGGACGAUCGAUGA